CAGUCUAAGUGUACCAGAAAGUAUGGUUCUAAGCAGCAGGUUGUCUGGGUUAUGUACCAUCAUCCUCCUGGUCUCUUGGCUUUGCAUUCAGACAUCUACUGCCCAAGUGACAUUUUCUACAGGUUGGGUUCCUGGCAAAAGAACACCAAACAGUCCAGACGUACACUUUAAGUUAUCAGCAAAUUCCUUUUGUCACUUUUUAAUGAAUCAGAUACGUCAGAUGGUCUCCUGUGAGAACCCGAUUGAGGAAGGCAGACCCCUUUUCUUUGGAGGAAGCUUGUAAAGUUAUCAAAGUACUGUAACUAAAAUUCAAGA